GCACCCAAGGGGAGGGACACCCCCCCAGCACCCCCCAGCAGCAAACCCCAGAUCUCCACGGGACAUCUCCUGCUGCCCCCCAAGCCCCCCAGGGAGGAGAUGUGAGGAGGAGAGGAGACCCCUGCCAGGGACAGCCCAGGAAGUUUCCCCCCAGGAGUGAGGAAGGGCCCAGCUUGGCAGAACCCGGAGAUGUGAGAGGCAGCGUGGGGGGCAAGGAGCAAAGGGGCUGCUGGAGAGGAGGGGAAAAUGUGCUCUGAACCGAACUGAACUGAACCGAACCGCUGCAUUCCCAGACCCCACCAAGACCCAAGCCAGGACAUCCAUCUCAGGAGGAUUUCUGCCCCCAGCUCUGCCAUCUGCUCCCCCAUGGCACAGCUCUCAGCUCCCACCACUCUGGCCAUCCUCCUGACCUGCCUCUUCCCUGGGGCACACAGCCAGACCCCGAGGGCUUUCCAGGAGAGCACCAUCCCCUCCGAGGUGCUUGGCCAGGAGCAGGCUCACAGCCUGGUCCAGCAGAGCCUCCUCCACGAUGCCAAAGUGCCCAACCUCUCCGAGAGCCUCCCCAGGAGCAGGGGCUCAGAGCCUCCCCUCCUGCCCGUCUGCCUGAAGCCCGCAGACAUCAGACACAUCUUCAAAUACAUCAACACCAUCGUGUCCUGCACCAUCUUCAUCGUGGGCAUCAUCGGGAACUCCACGCUCCUGAGGAUCAUUUACAAGAACAAAUGCAUGAGGAACGGGCCCAACGUCCUCAUCGCCAGCCUGGCCCUCGGGGACCUCCUCUACAUCCUCAUUGCUCUGCCCAUCAACGUCUACAAGCUCCUGGCCAAGGACUGGCCCUUUGGGGUGCAGGUCUGCAAGCUGGUGCCCUUCGUCCAGAAAGCCUCCGUGGGCAUCACAGUCCUCAGCCUCUGUGCCCUCAGCAUCGACAGGUACCGAGCUGUGGCCUCCUGGAGCCGGAUCCAGGGGAUCGGCAUUCCCGUGUGGAAGGCAGUGGAGGUGGUGGUGAUCUGGGCAGUGGCCAUCGUGCUGGCCGUCCCUGAAGCCAUCGCCUUCGACAUGGUGGAGCUCAGCUACUGGGACCAGCACCUCUGGGUCUGCAUGCUGGCCUCUGAGCAGAAAUCCAGCUUCAUGAUGUUCUACCGGGACGUGAAGGACUGGUGGCUUUUUGGCUUCUACUUCUGCCUCCCCCUGGUGUGCACGGGCAUCUUCUACACCCUCAUGUCCUGCGAGAUGCUGAGCAAGAGGAACGGGAUGAGAAUCGCCCUCAACGACCACAUGAAAAGGCGCCGCGAGGUGGCCAAGACCGUGUUCUGCCUGGUGCUGAUCUUCGCUCUGUGCUGGCUGCCCCUGCACCUCAGCCGCAUCCUCAAGCAAACCAUCUACGACCAGACAGACCCCAACAGAUGUGAACUGCUCAGUUUCCUCCUGGUGAUGGAUUACUUUGGGAUCAACAUGGCCUCCCUCAACUCCUGCAUCAACCCCGUGGCUCUCUACUUCGUCAGUCGGAAAUUCAAGAACUGCUUCCAGUCCUGCCUGUGCUGCUGGUGCCAGCGCCCAGCCCUCAGCAUGACCCCGACGGAUGAGAAGGGUUCCCUGGGCAGGUGGAAAGCCACGGGGCAGGACCUGGGGCUGGACCGCAGCAGCUCCCACCUGAGUAACAAAUACAGCUCCUCCUGAGGCUCCUCCUGAGGCUGGGAGGGGCAGAGGCACAGCAGGACCCUCCCUGUCCCCUCACCCAGCCCACACCGGGUUUGUCCCCGUGGUGUCACUCAGCUGGCAGGAGCUGCAGCAGCUCAGGGACCCCCGGGGCUGGCUCUGCCCUCAGCUCCUGCCCCGCUCCCAGCCUGCUCCCAGCCACCCGGGGGGGGCUCAGGUCCUUGUAGGAUCUUUUGGUUUCCCUGCAGGAAAAAGGAAGGGACCCGGGGGUGUUCGCCUGGGGUGGGGGUGAUGUGUGUGGAGAGGGAAGGAAGGUGGAGACCUGGUCACUUGGAAAGGGGAUGUGGAGGAGAGGGAGAAGAGCACGAGUGAUCACAUCCAGGUGGGAAAGCUUUGGUAACAUCCCCAUCACCUCCCUCUGCUGCUGGGACACUCUGUGCCCUGGGCAGAGCCAGGAGAAGACCCCCAGGGAGCAGCAGCAGCAGCCUGGGGUCUGCUCCCUCUCCCAGCACAGGGAGCUGGGCACCAACCUGAGCUGGGCACCAACCUGAGCUGGGCAGCCCUCAAAGCCUCCCUCCUCUUCCUCUUUCCCUGGGAAAUCUGCCCCAGGCUCCCCACCCGGGAUGAUGGUCACACACACACCCGUGUCCCAGGACAGUGCCUGUGUGUGACCACAGCUCCCAGACAGAGCAGGGGUGACAGAGGAGGGAUGACAAAGCAGGGGUGACAAAGCAGGGGUGCCAGCUUCCCCCUCCCAGAGGCCACGGAGUCCUGGGGUGGUUCCAGUGACAAUGGGAACAUCUGGGAAGUGCCCAUUCCCUCCUCAGGACCUGCUGCUGUUCACAGGACAGAGCCUGGGACAGGGGAACCCUUCCACCUUCCUUCCCCUCCUGCCUCACGUCCCUGCUGCUGCUCCAAGAGCAGACUGAGUGACCCCUGGGGUGGCAGCACCACUCACACCAACACCUCAGACUUUAAAAAGCUGAAACCCAGCCCCAGCCCUGCAGGUACCCAGCCCUGCAGGUACCCAGCCCUGCUGGUACCCAGCCCUGCAGGUACCCAGCCCUGCAGCCACCAGGACUCCAAACCAGCCCUGGCCACAACCACCACUCCCUGUGCUCCUGGUGAAGUGACUUCAGCCUCCUCGGGCAGAGCCUUCCCCUGCUGCUCCCCUCUUUAAACCAACACCAUAAAAUUUCACCCAGUGUGAGGGAAGAGGGGGAAGAGGAGAGAUUCCAAGCCCUCUGGAAGCUCUGACCUCGUGGUGGCACCCAGAAGCCACGUUCCUAGCUCUCCCAGCAGCUCUCCCUUCAGCCUUUUUAACGAACUGGGCAGAGGCUGAGUGCAGGAAUCAGCUCCUGCCUCAUCCUCCCCCUCCACCCUCUCCCCCUGCCCUGGGAAAACUCCUUUCCUGAUUUUUUUUUUUUUUAAUGUCUCCUUCUUCCUUGGGCUGGGGAAUCUUCAUCCCCAGGCUGGUGCCUGCUCCCACACAGUGCACCCCUGGCACCCCCCAGGCAAAGGGGAGAGACCAACUCUGGCAGCUUGGAUGUUCAAGAGUGAUUUUUUUUUU